CCCCCCCCCCACGCACGCUCCCCUCCUCCCUCUCCACUCCGUACACCUGCUGCUUGUGGACGGAACAGGCUCUUUCUGCACGCGCGCUCGCUUGGCAAAAAAAAGGGGCACCACAGCAGCGAACGUUCACCACGUGCAUUGCAUUGUCUCAUGGUGAACAUCAUGGGCGGCGCCCGAUGCGGCCACGCUCUCGCCACGGUGGUUGUGGCAGUCAUGGUGGUAGUGAUGGUUAUGGAGCAUGUGUCGGCAUCGCCCUGUAUCAAUGGCAUCAACAUGUAUGAUCUUACGGGCGCGCCACGAGUUGUGUACCUUGUCGAGGUGCCCAACUACCCGGCCAGCGUCAACUGCACCCAGCAGUUCCUCCUCGACGCCGUCGACGAGUGGAAGUUCUUCUGGGAGCUGAUCAAUCUGGGCACCGGUGACACGAUCAACAUCUUGGACGGAGCGCAGAUCGAUCCGCCCGACGACCUCGUCUCGUACGUCGAGCCGGUAACCACCAUCUUCAACGGGCAGACGCAGUACCCAUCAGGCUCGGUCUUCUCGGUCAACCUCCUUUCCGACGGCACAAACACGGGUGCUUACGCGCUUGGCCUUGAGCGGUGGCGUGAACCGACCAACCUGGUCAUCGAGGGCUACGGCCCGUCCCGAGGCGCGCUCUUUGCCGAGCAGGUCAUCGCCAACCUCUCCAUGCCGGUCUUCCGCAAGUUUGCCAUCGGCACCGACUCGAACGACGGGCUCUACAAGGAUAUCAUUGUCUUUGGCCAGUCGACCUUUGUCCCUCCGCUGCAAGAGUCUUUCCUCUUUGCGCCGGCACCGAUGGUCUUUAUGGGCGGCUUGGUCGCCUCGCACGUUCGCAUUGCUGGCCCAACGUCUGGCACCUCGUAUGGCGCGUACGCUCCGGGCUCGAGCAUCUACGUCCACAUCGUGGACCCGGACCACCCGCUUGCUGCAGGCCUCUCGGGCACAGUCCAACUCGUCACCGACGACUCGGUCGCCGUCGAGUGGGUCAACCCGCACGCCGAGAACGCUGGCCUCACUCCCGAGGUCGUGGCUGUUGUGGCCGAGUCGUCGGGCUCGACCAUUCGGUCCGAGCGGGCUGUGGCGUUUAUGUUUGAGAAGGGUACGCAGAUGCCGACCGGACUCACCGCCACCUCGCGGCGGGUCUUUGUCACCUCGGACCGCAAUCGCGAGCUGCUUGCUCACGAAAACGCGUUUAGGCUUCAGCGUGCGGCAGUCAUGGUAGCCGCGCGCACGCUGGUCUUCUCCAACCAGCCGCCAGCCCUUCUCUCGACGGCUGGCAGUUUUGACCUUGUUCUCAACCUCACCAACACGCGCGACGGCGCAUUGCUGGCAACCGAGAGCGAGACCGUGAUCGAGCUCACCGUGGUCGACUCGGCGGCUUUGGUGAGCUUUUCUGGCGGGCCGCCGCAAGCGACGUUGGCAAAUGGCGUCGCCACUUUUACCAACCUCGGCCUUGCUGUCUCAUCGCAGCCGACCGCCGCUCUCUCGAUUCGCGCCAAGUGUCUCGAGCCGAUGCCUUGCUACUGGGCGCACUCGAUUCCGCUCGAGGUGUUCUUGCCGGGGCGUGGCCCGAUCUCACCGCAAAACUCGUACGUCAGCGGGCUUGACGCUAUUGCUCCCGGCAUGACCACCAUCUCGUUCACUAUCCACGCCGUCGACGUGUUUGGCGUUGCCAAGUCGACCGGCGGCGACGUCGUCGAGGUCUCGCUGCAAGUCGGCUCGGGCUCGACGCCGCUGCUGGCGGUCGACAACAGCGACGGAACGUACGCCGCAUCGUUUUCCGCCGGUGAGGGCGGGGCCGUCACCAUCGUCGUCCGGGUCGGCCACGCGAACAUCCCGCUGGCCAACUCGCCGUUCACCGCCCAGGUCUACGCCAACUGCCCGCCGGGCGAGUUUGCCAAGACCGAGUUUGGUCCGUGCGAGCCGUGCUUGCUCGACGUCUACCGGUCGGCGAACGACGACCAGGCCGCGUGCGUACCGUGCCCGGUCGGCUCGGGAACUAGCUUUGCGCGGGUGGCAUUGAUUGCAAACUGCACAUGCAAGGUCGGUUUCUACAAUCUUGUCGGUGUGGGACUGCCAUGCGCCCGUUGCCCUGUUGGCGCAGUGUGUGACGGGGGGACCGAGGCGCCGUACGCUGCGCCCGGCUACUUUCCGGCCAGCGCCGAGCUGUUUCUCGAGUGCAAGGCUGAUCGGAGCCUCUGCCCCGGCGGGCGCGGCGUGCAGUGCGCGGCCGGCCACCGUGGGCGGUUGUGUGCCGACUGCCACAGCGGCUGGUACCGGAUCCGCAACAAGUGCCACCAGUGCGAGGGCGGGCUGACCAUGCUCUUUGUGCUUGUGCUCUUGAUCUCGAUUGUUGUCCUUGGCGGGCUUGCGGUAUUCAACGCGCGCUCGACCAACGUGGUCAAAUACACCACGCUCUCGAUUGCGUUCAACUCGCUGCAGAUUUCGGCGCUCUUUGGCCAGUUUGAAAUCGACUGGCCGUCGCUCGCCGACUCGCUCUUUGCCGCCAUGUCGUUUGCCAACUUUAAUCUCGAGCUUGCAGCACCCGAGUGCGCGUUCGAAGCAAAGUCGCCGUAUCUCCUCAAGUAUCUGCUCACGAUGCUGCUCCCGCUCUACUUUGUAGCAGUCUACGCUUUUGUCUACGCCUGCUUUGUCCUCCCACAGCGGUGGUUUGCUACUCGAUUCGGCGAUGCGUUUGUGGCGCAGUUCCCCGGGUUCUGCACGCCACCUGCGGGCUCGCCCGAGGAGUGGCCUGUGCUCGCCGGGUUGCGGUACGGGAUGGCGCAGGUCUUCUUUGACCCGAUCAACAAGCGCAACGCGCGACACGUGUUCAUCCGGUGCUGGUGGCAGCUGCUUUCACUGGCGUACCUCCCGCUGGCGCUCAUUUCACUUGGCUACAUGGACUGCACCCGUGGAGCCGACGGCGUGCUUGCCCUCGACUCAGAUCCAUCGUACGCGUGCUCGGGCCGGUAUUGGCACUACUUCCCGUUUGCUCUUGUCUUUUCGCUCGCAUACGCUAUCGGCAUUCCAGCGGCGAUUGGGUACCUCCUGCGGUACAAGCGGCGCAAGAUGGAGCGGGGCAAGUAUCUGGUCCGGUACGGCUUCCUCACGGCGCGAUACCUCGACCAGUACUACUGGUGGGAGGUGAAGAUCAUGGCGCGCAAGUUUGGCGUUGUGAUUGCCAUGCUCUUUGUCACGUCGUUCCCGUCGAUGCAGGGUUUUGUUGCCGCGUGCGUUCUCAUGUUUGCGCUCGCUGACCACCACUCGAGCUACCCGUACAUCACGUUGAUCCACAACCUGCUCGAAACGUUCUCGAUCGCGAGCGCCAUCCUUGUUCUUGGCUUUGGCGUCGUCUUUCACCAUCCGGACUCGCCGUCGUCGAGCGCAGGUGGCAUCAUCGCCGCGAUCAUCUUUAUCAACCUGGCGGUACUUCUUGCCGCGUUCGUGUACGACCUCGCUGUCCAGCGGAGGGAAAAGCGCGAGCUCGACGAAGCCAUGGACGACGCCCUCGUCGAGUCUGAGAUGGUAGACGAGGGAGAGUCGGGAACAUUUGCCGGCGAGGGCGCGAACGGCAAGGGUCCUAUCGCGUCUGUCUCGUCAGUAGAGUUGACGGACAUCGGCUCGUCGCCGCAGAUGCAAAUGGUGUCAUUCAACGAUUCGGCGACGUCCAUCCCGCCGGUCACACCUUACGACUCGAACAUGGCCACGAUACAGUACGGUUCGACUCCGAGCAGCAUGCAUCAGAGCUACGGCGAGUCGUCGCCGUCGAUCGCGGUGCCACCGGUCAACCCGGUGCUGGCGAGCAGUGAGCCGGUGCCGCCGCCGCGGCCUGUCCGGCCGUCGCGGGCAGGCGUGCCUGUGGGAUCGAUGCAUCCACCCAAGCCGUAAAAA